UAUUUCACGCUAUUUUAAUGACAUUGCCUUUUGCUCUUUAAUUAUUCAUUUACUCUGGCAUUGAUCAAUACCGCUCAGAGGUCGAAAGCAGAACGUUUGAAAAAUUGUUGUAGAAAAAAUGUGAAUUUAGUGAAUAAUUUGUUGAAUAAAUUAAAAAAUGGACAGCUACACAUCGGACUCAAGUGACUCAGACUCAUACGCAAAAACCUUGGACCUGUCGUACCUGAUGUUGGAUGCUGACCUCCUGAACCAGCACUUCACGUCCACGAAGGACGUGGAGAACAUCGAGACACUGUUGUUGAAUCACAAUCGAAUAAACUCUCUUCCCCCUACAAUUUCCAUAUUCAAGAAUCUCCACACAUUGGACCUAUCCAACUGCAGUCUGACUCAUCUCCCCGAUUGCAUUGGGGAGUCUCCCCUCACCUGCCUCAUAGCCAAGAACAACAGUCUCUCUAAUGACUCGCUACCAAAGACCUUUGACAAUGUGUUAAAUCUGAGAGAGUUGAAUCUCAGUGGUAACAGACUCACUGAUUUUCCCGAUCAGGUGCUGGAACUGGCAGAGCUGAAGUACCUCUAUCUUGGGGGUAACAUGAUCAGCGAGAUAAGAAAGGAAAUCUGGAAGAUGCAGAAGCUCCAGGUGCUGUCCAUGGGGGGAAACAGGCUGACGGAAGUCCCCAGUACUGUGGGUCGACUCACUGCCCUUCAGGGUCUCAUUCUCUGUGAUAAUAUGUUGGAGAGCCUGCCCUCCACUGUCGCCAAUUUGAAGAAUCUCAAGUCACUUCUGCUCCAUCAGAACAGGCUGAGGACACUGCCUACGGAGAUUAUCACCCUCAAAGGACUCACUGAGCUUUCCCUGAGGGACAACCCCCUAGUCGUCCGGUUCGUCUCUGACAUGACCCACAAUCCCCCCUCAUUACUGGAAAUCGCAGCGAGAGUGAUAAAAACUUCGAAUAUAAGUUAUGAUGAUAUUGGGUUGCCGAAAACCCUGAUUGAUUAUCUCAAUUGCGGUCAUCGAUGUGUCAACCCCAAAUGUCAAGGAGUGUUCUUCGAUAACAGAGUGGAACACGUGAAGUUUGUUGACUUUUGCGGAAAAUACAGACUUCCAUUGCUCCAAUAUUUAUGUAGCAGUAAAUGUAUUGGGCCGCGUGAUGGAGAUGAGGAAGUCGUGAGUGGUGCGAUGAUUAGAAAAGUGCUACUUGGAUGAAUUAAUGUGAAUAUAUAUUUGCCACAUUUAUUAUUAUGAAUAAAUCACCGAAAUUUAGGAUAUAAACUCUCCUAUGUUAAUUAAUUAAAAUUUAAGAAAGGAAAAUAA